GCAAUCUGCAGCUAACUUCAACAGAGACAGCCCAAUUCAUGUCCAUCGAGUGGUCACGAUGAGACCUAAUCUAAAAAGUAUCUUAUCCAAGUUGGAUAGACCCAAUCUUACCCACUGCCAGCCCUAAUUUUCACCACUUGUUUUUUUUGGUAAGUUUUUACUUUAUCCAAAUAUCUAAAUUUACUUUUAUUAGACCAAAGUCGGUGGAGAGGGAAUUCUCAGAGCAGGAGACUUCUAGGUUACUCAUCUUUUCCAGAAUUUGUUUGUACUUUAUCACGUUGAAAGCAUUAUCUGGGGUAUGAAAACCAGCGGCAGUUGCAAAAGAAAAGCGCUUCUCUCUUCUCAGCACCUGUGGUGAGAGCCAGCCACCUAAGAUUGCGAGUAUGAGUGGGUAUACCGUGGAAGUUACUAAUCUGUCCCCUGUUGCAACUGAAAGAGACCUUUAUGAAUUCUUUUCCUUUUCUGGGGCAAUUGAACACAUUGAAAUCGUCAGGUCUGGAGAUUAUGCUUCCACAGCUUACGUAAUAUUUAAAGAACCUUAUUCCUUGGAAACUGCUGUAUUGCUUAGUGGAGCUACUAUUGUAGAUCAACCUGUUUGCAUAGCACGCUGGGGAUACCAUGAUGAAGCUAGUGAUUUCUGGGACAGGCCUUACUGGAAGCUUGAAGACGAUAAUGUGUCUACGACUACAAACGCAAGCCAUUUCAACACAACUCCAAGGGAAGCCGUGACAGUGGCGCAAGAUGUGGUCAAAACCAUGCUGGCUAAGGGAUAUACACUAAGCAAGGAUGCCUUAAUCAAAGCCAAAGCUUUGGAUGAAUCAUAUCAAGUCUCAGCCACUGCUGCAGCCAAGGUUGCUGAACUGAGCAAGAGAAUUGGACUGACGGAUAGGAUUAAUGCUGGUGUUGAUUGUGUUAGAUCAGUGGAUGAGACGUAUCAUGUAUCAGAGACCACCAAAACAGUUGUGUCUGUGACCGGGAGAACAGCUGCGAGUGUUGCAAAUGCUAUUGUCAGCAGUAGCUACUUCUCUGCUGGAGCUCUAUUGGUUUCUGAUGCUCUCACAAAAGCUGCAAAAGCUGUAGCAGAUUUGGCCACCUACGGCAACAAAAAGUGAAACAAAGAAUUCUCGGAAUGUGAAAUCCAUGUGAGGAUUCAUCUACUACGGCAUUGCACUCUUAUUGUAUUGUAGCUGCAGUUCUAUCCUUUUAUUAUCAUUUUGGGUUACUUUCUUCUUUCUCCCUGUUAUGAAGCUGGUGUUUGUAUCUAUAUGGAUUUGUCCUACUGAUGUUAGUUACUUGUAUCAGUUGUAUCUUGUAAACGGUUGUUUAUCUAUGCUCUAAUAAAGUUGUGGCUUCCUCUGCUUUACCAAAAAA